AUGCUUAAACACUUACAUCGCAAGCUUAGUUUUAAUUUUCAUUCUUCUAAAACUGUUUCAUCUAUAUCAAAUUAGUAGUGUUUUUUUCUUAAGGAUGAAAACCAUUUUGUUAUUUCUCAUUGUUACAAGUGUAGCUUUCGCAGAAUCAUAUAGAAUCUUAAGCAUAUUUCCUUUUAAUGGGAAGAGUCAUAAUGUAAUGUUCAAUGCAUUAGUGAGAGGCCUAUCGGAGCGCGGUCAUCAAGUCGAUGACAUAACACAUUUCCCACUAAAAAAACCACCAAAAAAUUAUAAAACCAUCGUAAACUUGAACGGGACGUUAAAAAGUGUAGUUAAUAGUUUUGAUAUAAAUCUUGUGAAUCCUUAUCUGGGGACAUCGUUUCUUUUGUUGCUGUGGACUACGGGAAUAAUUUGUGUAAACGCGUUUGGGGCUCAUUGUUUUAUGGGAUUCGGACAUAUUUUCAAAGUACCAGUGGUUGCUGUUUCAUCAUCAGUAGAAUAUUCAUGCAUUAGUGACUUUAUUGGAAACUUUGAUCAUCCAGCAUUCGUACCAAAUGCACUUUUACAAGAUUAUAACAAGACCAAAUUCUGGGAUCGCUUAAAAAAUUUGUUUAUCCACCACUGGAGUUCAUAUAAAUUUAAAAUGCUAACAGAAAACAUUCAAACAGAUUAUAUGAGAAAAUAUUUAAGUCCUGAUAUGCCCAAUAUCCGAGAUGUGGAAAGAACUGUGGCUUUAACCUUGGUUAAUUCUCAUCCCGUGAUAUUAGGAGCUAAACCUGUAGUUCCAUCAUUGAUAGAAGUUGGUGGUUUGCAUAUUAUUGAUGAUGGCUCUAAACUCACUUCGGAAAUGCAAAAAUGGUUAGAUGAAAGUGUCGAUGGUAUAGUUUACUUCACAUUUGGAUCUUUGGUAUUGAUUGAAACCUUUCCGGAAGAAACCCUUAAUGCUAUGUAUAAAUCAUUGUCAAAACUAGCACCUAUGCGGGUAUUAAUGAAAAUUGUAGACAAAAGUAAACUUCCAUCGGGUUUGCCACCAAAUGUUUUAACUUUUCCAUGGAUCCCACAACAGGCAGUAUUAGCUCAUAAGAAUGUUCGAGCUUUUAUAACACACAGUGGAUUGAUGGGUUCACAAGAAGCUUUGUAUUUCGGAGUUCCUAUGAUAGGUAUUCCAUUGUUCGGCGAUCAAGUACGAAACGUCGCAACAUUCGUAGCUAAAAACAUUGCAGUGAAACUCGACGUGGAUGGAUGUUUAAAAAAUGCCCAGACUUUCUCAAAAUUAUUCAGAGAUAGACCGAUGAGCGCGAUGGACACUGCUAUAUUUUGGAUUGAAUAUGUUAUUCGUGAUGGACCCGAUGCUCUGAAAUCUCCCGCCCUCAACGUUUCCUGGUGGCAGUUAGCACUAGUGGAUCUGAACGCUUUCAUUUUUCUUUCAGUAAUAUUAGUUUUAACGUUGACGUUUUAUCUCAGUCGUUUGAUUUCCAGGGGCUGCCUUAUGAGGCUAUCUAAAAAAAUAAAAACUCAAUAAAUUUGAUGAAUUAUAAAAACAUUUAUACCUAUCACUGUAUCUAAUCGCGUGGUUCGUACGUUAUGAAAAUUGAAAAAAUAUGCUAACAAGAACGCGUGGAAUGUGUCUUUAUAAUAAAUUGUGAAAUGUAUUAUACUGUUCAUAUUGUUUA